UGUCUUUUUCCUUUCUACUAUUUACCUUGCAAUGUCGUCAUUCUUUGAAAACUCUUGUAGUGGAUGUGGAAAGGAUAACCACAGUGUUUUCUUUUGUGGAAAUAUCCACCAUCUUGGUAUAAAAGAAAUUGAAACAUGGCUAAAAUCCAUAAAUUCUCCUCCAUUUGUGCAUGUUAUUAAGAAGGAUCAACAAGGGUAUGGGGUUGUACAUUUUAAUACAUAUGAAGAUGCAUGUGUAUUUCUUCAUACAAUGAAGGGUAAAAGAUUCUCUGGUCCAGCAUAUACGAUUAUAAAGUUUUCUGAGGCUAAAGAAUUUAAAACAAAGAAACUUAUAAAAUAUGAUGAGAUUGUAACUCCUUCAACUUCAGUGAUUACUCCUUCAGCAAUCAUUUCAGAUAAUUCUCCAAUUACUUCAGAUGAUUCUUCAACUCUAACAAUUCAUCCUCCAAAUGAUUGUCAGUUUUCUCCAAUGCAAAUAGACCUAACAAAUGAUAAUGAUGAACAAUCUUCUUCAAUACCUUUAAUAGACACAGCAGCUGAAGGAUCAGUUAAAAAGGAAUUGAUUAAUCUUGGUUGUAUUGGAUGCAUGAAAUUAACAACUCAAGUUGAAUUUUUGAAAACAAAAAUUAUUAGUUUACAAGAUGAGUUAUUGCUUGCUCAAAAGGAAAUUAUUGGAUAUAAAUCAGGCUUAAAUGAUAAUGUUAAUAAGGAGUGAAUGGUUCAAAGUAAAUUUCUUUUUAAUUCUUGAUCAAAAAAAUGAUUUAAGAAAUUCAAGUAAAUUGUUGUUUGUUAAUAUAUGC